GAACCGCUCGGGCGCCGCCGCCGCCGCCGCCGCUGCCAACGCCGCCAACGCCGCCGCCGCCGCCGCCCCGGCUGGAGCGCGGACGCCGCCACGCCAGGGAGGCGGAAGGAGGCCGCGCUCGCUCGCCGGCGCCGAGCCCCGAGGGCGGAGCCGCCGCGGGCACGCCCCGCCUCGGGCCCGAGAAGACGUCGCGGGCGACCCCGCCGGCCCCCCGCCGCGGCCCAGACCCGCCCCCGGCCCCGGCCCCGGCCCCCGCCGGCGGCAUGGAGGGGCCGCGCUCCUGACGGCCGCGCCCGGCCGCUCCCGCACGCCCCCGCUCGCAUGUCCGCGCCGCGCUAGCCGAGGAUGCUGAGGAUGAAGCUGCCGCCCAAGCCGACGCAGCCCGCCGAGCCGCCGCCCGAGGCGGACGAGCCCGAGGCGGACGCGCGGCCGCGCCGCCGCCGCGACGGUCGCGCCCCGCCGCCCACGCCCGCGCCCGCGCCGCCGCCCGCGGGCCCGCCGCGGGGACCCCCGGCGCCCCCCGCCCCGCCGCCGCCGCCGCCGCCCGCCCGGGGGCUGGGGCCGCCUGUUGCUGGCGGCGCGGGGCCCGCGGCGGCGCUGCGGGAGCAGGAGCGCGUGUACGAGUGGUUCGGGCUGGUGCUGGGCUCGGCGCAGCGCCUCGAGUUCCUGUGCGGGCUCCUGGACCUGUGCAACCCGCUGGAGCUGCGCUUCCUGGGCUCGUGCCUCGAGGACCUGGCGCGCAAGGACUACCACUGCCUGCGCGACUCGGAGGCCAAGGCCAACGGGCUCUCGGACCCGGGCCCGCUGGCCGACUUCCGCGAGCCCGCCGUGCGCUCGCGCCUCAUCGUCUACCUGGCGCUGCUGGGCUCGGAGAACCGCGAGGCCGCCGGCCGCCUGCACCGCCUGCUGCCCCAGGUGGACUCGGUGCUGCGGAGCCUGCGCGGGGGCCGGGGCGACGACGAGCCCGACGCCGACGGCGACGCCGACGACGAUGCGGAGCUGGACGGCUCCGGGCCCGAAGGCGGCGGCGGCGGCGGCGGCGGCGGGGGUCUGGGCGCCCGGGCCCAGGAGGAGCUGCUGCUGCUCUUCACCAUGGCCUCGCUGCACCCGGCCUUCUCCUUCCACCAGCGGGUCACGCUGCGGGAGCACCUGGAGCGGCUCCGCGCGGCGCUGCGCGGGGGUCCCGAGGACGCGGAGGCGGAGCCGUGCCGCCUGGCCGGCCCCUGGGCCCAGAAUGACUCUGCUCACGGUGAUUACAUGCAAAACACCGAGGUCAGUUUAAUAGAACAAGCCCCAAUACCUCAUGGCGGACUUACUGUGGCACCUCAUAGAACUCAGCGAGAAGCUGUACACAUUGAGAAGAUAAUGUUGAAAGGAGUCCAGAGAAAAAGGGCUGACAAAUAUUGGGAGUACACCUUCAAAGUAAAUUGGUCUGAUCUUUCAGUCACAACAGUAACAAAAACCCACCAAGAACUACAGGAAUUUCUACUGAAGCUUCCAAAGGAAUUGUCUUCAGAGACUUUUGACAAGACCAUCUUAAGAGCUCUGAAUCAGGGCUCGUUGAAAAGGGAAGAGCGACGACAUCCUGAUCUAGAACCCAUUCUGAGGCAGCUAUUUUCAACUUCGUCUCAAGCUUUUCUCCAGAGUCCGAAAGUGCACAGCUUUUUCCAGUCCUUCUCGUCAGAGCCGCUCCACGGCCUCAAUAACCUGCAGCCCUCACUGAAGACAUCAAAGAUACUAGAACACUUAAAAGAAGACAGCUCAGAAGCUUCAAGUCAAGAAGAAGAUAUGUUACAGCACACCAUAGUCCACAAGAAGCAUACUGGGAAGAAUCCCAUUAUGAACACUAUCGGUACGAGUUGUUCUCCGCUGGAUGGGCUGGCGGUGCAGUAUUCGGAGCAGAACGGGAUCGUGGAUUGGAGGGAGCAGGGCUGUGCCGGCGUGCAGCAUCCGGAGCACUGUGUGACCAUCAUGGGCCAGCAGCAUUCAACUGAAAAACGAAGUAUGUCGUCAGUGAAUAAGAAGAAAGGAAAACCACAAAUAGAAAAGGAGAAAAUGAAAACAGACAACAGAAUGACUAGUAGAAUAAACGGCAUCCGACUCUCCGCUCCUCAGCAUGCCCACGGGGGUCCCGUGAAAGAUGUGAAUUUGGACCUUGGGUCGGGACAUGACACUUGUGGAGAAACAUCCUCAGAGAGUUACAGUUCUCCGUCCAGCCCACGGCACGAUGGAAGAGAAAGCUUCGACAGCGAAGAAGAGAAAGACCGAGACACCGACAGCAAUUCCGAGGACUCCGGGAACCCGGCCCCGGCCCGCUUUCCAGGCUACGGCGCCGUCAACGCCGCCGCGCUCGGCGCCAAGGCCCCGGUGCCCGUGGCUCCCCUGGGAGGCGACGGCGGCGGCCUGCUCGAGGAGCCCCUGCCCACGCCCAAGUACCAGCACAUCUUCAUGCCGACCCUCCACUGUGUCGUGCACAACGGUGCCCCCAAGUCCCCCGUGGUGCUUCCUCCCCCCAAGUCUGCCGACGGCAAAGCCCUGGGCGUGCUGGUGCCGAGCCCCGGGGCGCUGUCUGCCGUCAGGGAGUCUGUGAACUCGGCCCCCUCGGGGCUCCUCGCGCCCGCUGCUGCCCCGGGGGACUCGGACAAGCACCUGGAACUGCUGGCGUCCCCCCUGUCCCUGCCCGCCCCCUUCCUCCCGCACGGCAGCGCCCCCGCUUUGCACCUGACCAUCCAGAGGCUGAAGCUGGCCCCGCAGGGGUCUCCCGAGAGCUGUGCCGGGCCCGGCCCGCCGCCGCCCUCCGGGAGCCUGGGCUCCCCGAACACUGCCUUCCUCCCGGUCCACGGCCCCGCCAGCUUCCCGGGCUCGCCUGUGGCCGCCGCGGACCCCAAGCCCGCGUCCCAGGUCGUCGGACUCCCUCAGAUGGUGCCUCAGGUGGAGGGGGCGGCGGGCGUGAAGGUCGUCCUCCCGGCGGCGGCCCCGGCCGCCUCCUACACGCUGCCCGCCUCCCAGCCCGCUGCGGGCCUGAGCCCCGCGGUGCCCACCCACACCCCGGGCCCCGCCCCCAGCCCCAGCCCCGCGCUGACCCACAGCACGGCGCAGAGCGACAGCACCUUCCUCAGCGCCGCGGGCAGCUCCAACGCCAACGGGACGCUGCUGCCGCCCCAGCAGCCGGGCUCGGGGCCCUGCGGCUCCUGCGGGCGCAGGUGCAGCUGCGCCGCCGGCGGCAGCCCCCAGCUCGGCAGCUACUACUACCCGCCCGCCGUGCCCGGGCCCGUGUACCGGGUGUCGCCCUUCUUCACCCUGCCCUCCGUCUGCAAUGGCAGCUACCUCAGCCAGGCCCCCCAGAGCAGCGGCAGCCAGCUCCCUUUCUUCCUGCCUCAGACUCCGUACGCCAACGGGCUGGUGCCCGACCCGCUGGGCGGCCAGGCCAGCUACGGCCUGCAGCAGCUGCCGGCGGGCUUCGGCCGCUUCUACCCCGUGUACCCCGCGCCCGGCGUGGUGGCCGGCUCGAGCGGCUCGGGCGCCAAGAAGAACGGGAACGUGUCGUGCUACAACUGCGGGCUGAGCGGCCACUACGCGCAGGAGUGCAAGCAGGCGCCCAUGGAGGCCGGCCAGCCAGGCGCUUACCGGCUGAGCUACGCUCCUCCCCUCCCCCCUUCCAAUGACACGCUGGACCCUGCCGACUGAAGCGAGCGAGGGACGCUUGUCUCCUGGGCACGGCCGCGCGCGCGGGCAGGCGGGCAGAGCAGGGCGGAGAGGACAGGAGGCGUGUCCCGUGUCCUGCGUCUCUGCGCGCCCCAGCCCGCGGCGGUGGGGACUGGCUGUCGGCGUCUCGGGUGCGGAUGUCCGAACCGAAGGAAUGCAUGGGUUUUGUCUCUGAGCCUCCCGUCGCCGGGUUCGCCGCAGGCUUCUCUGUCUGACACGUGUGAUUCGGACACCCAGACGCACUGUCCAGAGGCACGCGCGGGGGGGUGCUUCUUUUACACUGACUACUUGCUGUGUGCAAUGUUUACCGAAUCUUUAAAACUGUGUAUUUGACUGUUUUUGUUUUUGUUUUUUUGACAACACUGGUGAGCGUUUGCGUGGUUUUGGAGAAGCGAGACAUUGCUCCCUGGGCGGCUUCCGCCCUUCGGCCCUGCCCCUCACUCUCCAGCCCACCCUUGCCCCUUUCUGGGCCCGUCUGACCCCCUCCCCCCACUGCCCUGCGCCUGAAACGGGGCCGAGUCUCCCCGGCUCUGAGGGAGAGAGGCACCUCCCCGCAGACCUGGGCGCCUCGUGGGAGAGGCCCGGGGAAGCCGGGUGAACCCGGGAAAACGCCAGAACCAAGUGGACAAAGCUUUUUCUUAGAGGAAAACCUUGUAUCAGCCUUACCUGGCCUGUCGCUUCCGAGAGAGAGACGGAGUGAAGCAACCGCACAACUGUUCCCCUCGGUGGCGCCCAAAGGCCGCCCCGAGCGCCCCCCCCCCCCCCCGUCCCCGGUCCAGUGUUACGUGUCGCGAGUGUGCGGUGCAGGGCGGUGCGCAGGCAGACGGGCAGCUGCUGGCUUGAACCCGGCCUCGGCUCGCUCCCGAGGCCGCCGCGGGCGCCCCGGUGUUAAUCAUGUGUGUGUCCGUGCCACUCAGUUAAUGCUGCUGUUUGGGGAGACCGAGAGCCCAUCCGUGUCCUGAAUUGCUUCCAGGUGAUUUUGAUUUCCUAAAGUGCACUGAGGUUGCCUGGAAGGGGAGCGUGCUGGCGGGCGCCGUGUGGCCGCUGCUGCCCGUGGCGGGGAGGGGUCGGCGGCCUUGCUCUGCCCCCGGCCGGGGCCGCCUCGGUUGCUCCGGCCCAGGAGCCCGGCAGAUGGUUUAGGCAGAAGGGAAAACUUGAAGAGGGAAGACGCUUCCUCUCCUGCUUCUAGGUAGUGUUUCUAUUUACAGCACCCGUGUACAUUCUGAA